AUGGCCAAGUGUAAACAAACAGCCGAAGAGUUCAUCCAGAACACCUUCAGUCCGCACGUUGCUGUGUUGUGUAGCGCUGAAGCUGAGCUUAUCUGUCAAAAAAAUAAUUUGACUUUUGUGCAGCUGAUUCAACCAUUCUGCAGGCUGCCAACAGAAGUACAUACUAGAGAUCCAAAUAAUCUUCCUCAUGUGAUCCGAAAUUUACGUCUAAAUGUAUGUGAUAUGACCAAUCCUGGUUACCCUACUCAACCAGCAGCUAUUAGAAAAUUAUUGAAUGAUUCUGUUGCUAAUACACAGUUACCAUCUCGAGAUGGUGGCAAGUCUAAUGUAUUGUCAGUAGGCAACUAUGAUCUACAAUUGAAUUCUUCAACACCAUGGUUUGAGUCUUAUCGUGACAUGUAUUUGAAAAUCAUGCCAGCAUCAGAUCAUGAAUAUCUGAAUAAUUGUUUAGCAUGUGUAUUUAUAGUAUCAUCUAGUAAUAAUGAUCCAAUAGCUACAUUUCAAGGUUUAGGUAACCAACAAUUACAACAACAACAACAAUUCCCUAAUAAAUCACCACGCUGGUUCUGUCAGGGAAUAUUACAUUAUUUUGUAUUAUUACAUGAUGUUAGUGAAGGGGAGCAAGCAAGAGCUGAAUCAAUUUACCAAAUUAUGAAAUCUACAUUCCCACCACACUGCUGUCAUUUACUACAGAUCAAUUCUCGAUCCUUACAGACAAUAGAUACAUUACAAUCAGAAACUACUUUACCUGAUCCUUGGAGUCAGUUUAUACCUAAACCCCCUGAACCAAUUUGGAUGUCAUUUGUUAAUUGUCAUUUUCUUUCAGGUCGCUCUUUAUCAGGAUCAAUACCAUCUCUAUCUGGUUCAGUUUCCUCAUUACCUGGUUCUAUACCCAAUCUAGCUAAUCCUUUGAUGGAUCAUCCUCUAGCUUUCUCUCACACAGAAGUUCAAAAUACUAUUGGUGAAUCUUCACCAGUAGAUGGCGAUCCAACUGCUGCUGCCAAUGGUUACCAAGAUGGCCGAAGUUCUUCCUCUGUCAAUACUGAUAAAAAUAAACAUAAAGGACAUGGAAUUUGUCUGACAAGUAGUGACAUGGAUAGGCUACGCAUCUUUAUGCAUGAGUUUGUUGUAAAAGCAUUAAUACCUUGGGCUGAGAGACAGAUGAAAAUAUUCAGUGAACAGUUAGCAUCACGUAAAGGCAUACAUAGAUCUAUAUUUAGUGCUACUAAGAAAUGGUUUGGUGGUAAUAAACCCUCUGGUUAUGUACAAGCUAAUCAAAAUACUACUGUGGUAUAUACCUCAGAUGCUCCCGAACUUCAACUACGAAGAAUGGCUGAUCUGGCAUUUUUAUUUCAAAUGUAUGAAUUUGCUUAUCAGACCUAUCAUACUGCUAAAAGAGACUUUAAUAAUGAUCAUGCUUGGUUACAUUUAGCUGGUGCUUUGGAAAUGGCCAGUUUAUCUAUAUUUAUGCAAGGUAUUCAAGCUCAAAGACCUUAUCCACAUCAUUAUAUGGAAUCAGCCAUAACAACUUAUAUAGCCUCUUGUAGAAAUCCACAGUUUGCUACUAGAGCAACUUUAACAAGUACAGAAGCAUUAAAAAGUAGAGGAAUGUUCCAUGAGGCAGCUACACAGUUUUUUAAGCUCAUAUGUGAGGAAUCUGAUCUAUCUAGUGCUCUAUUUUUGGAACAAUCUGCUCACUGUUUUAUAAAUAUGAAGUCACCUUUAGUUCGGAGGUAUUCAUUUCACAUGAUUCUAGCUGGUCAUAGAUUUAAUAAAGCAGUUCAGAGAAAACAUGCUUUACGAGCUUAUUCUCAAGCAUUACAGAUUUAUAAAGGCAAACAUUGGUCCAUUGCUGAGGAUCACAUCCACUUUACUAUUGGUAGACAAUCAUUCAAUUUAAAACAAUUAGAGAAUGCUACGGCUGCAUUUAAACAUCUUCUAAGUGAGGACAGCCGUCAAAUUCCAUCUCAACAAAACUCUUAUCUUAGAGAGUAUCUUUUUGUUUACAAGGUAACUGGUGAGAAUAGUUCCUAUGGAAGAUUACCAGAAUUACCUCUACCUAAUGUUAACGCUAAUCUAACUAAAGUUUUACUAGGAAAGAAGUCAUUAUCUUCAGACAAUGUACGUAAAACCAGUGCAUCUGGUAUAUGGUUUAGUGAUGAUGAUAAUAAUGGUGUAUGGAGAAAUCUAGAAGAGCAGUUAGUAAGAUCAGCUAACAAUGGUACCUUACCUAUAAAAUACCAACAAACUAUACAGUGUUUUACUAAUCAAACAGAAAAUAAAUAUAGUCCUACUGGUUUUGUUGGAGAACCUAUAACAGUAGAAGUAUAUGUAGAGAAUCCAUUACAAGUGACAUUAGUAUUAUCAGAAGUUAUGUUAUUAUGGAGUUUUUUACCCAGUAUAGUUGGAAGUGUUGAUAAACCUCAAUUAAUAUCCAAUGAAAUAUCUACAGGAAAUAAUUUAGCUGAUGAAAUUAUACAAACUUCAGUUAUAAAAGAAGUUAUAUUACAAGGCAGUGAAAGUAAACCAAUUCAUCUGACCCUGGUACCACGACAACCUGGUGAAUUACGUAUUGUAGGUUUAGCAUAUAAUUUAGGGACUACCCCACAGCCCUCUCAACAAUCGACAGAAUCUACAUCUAUUGAUGGCAGUAAAUCUAGUUUUAUAAAUAGUGUGUUUGUCCGCGGUAAACAAAGAUUAGAAGUCCAAGGACCAAGAUUAAACAACAAUAAAGAAGAAAAAAUUAAUAAAAUCUACGGUCCUGAUAGACGGUUAGACUUAGUUGUUCAAGAAGAAAUGCCCAUUUUAGAGGUGAAUUUCUGUGAUUUUCCAGAAACUUUAUUGUGUGGUGAAGUUCACUGUAUAGAACUAGAAUUUACUAACUCUGGUCGCAGUCCUUUACAAAAACUACAGUUAACAUCUAGUCAGCCGGAAUUCUGUACGUUUGGUGUGGGAUCUGACUUACCUAAAUACCCUUACGUUUAUCAACAGAGAGAUGUUAAAGGAGAAAGUUUACAGUGUGAUAAUGUUAAUUUAAAAGACUAUUUCCAUGUAUCUAAUGUUUUAGACAUUCCAUUAAGUGAUAAUAUAUUAAAACCAGGAGAGACAUUAUCAAUACCAAUGUGGGUACGUGGUAGUGAUAUUGGUGGUGUACAUGAAGUAGAUUUUUUAUUUUAUUAUGAACCAUUAGAUCAUCAGUCAAAAGUCAAGUACAGAAUAUUACGACAUCGUGCAAUAGUGAAUACUGUAGAAUCAUUAAGUGUUCGUGUAUCAGCUUAUAAAUCUACUAGUUGUCGUACGGCUAAUCAUGAUGACAAACAACUGAAUUCGUGUACUAUAACUUGUGAAUUAGAAAAUCUUAGUCAGGUACAAUACCAAAGACCACAUAUACAGGAAUUACAGAUAAUGCAAGUAUCAUGUGUUAGUCCAGUAUGGUUUGUUAGUAGUCUUAGUACAUCAGACCAAAAAGGUAUUAGAAUAGGCAGUAGAGAAAGCUUACAGUUAGUUUUAAAAGGAACCAAAUCUAAACAAACAAAAGGUGAUAAUUUUGUCGUUAGUGAAGUGCCGUUUGAUAUGGAACAGGUAAACAGUGUAUCAACACCAUGUUGUGAUUUUUAUUGUCGAUCUCAACUUUGUCAUAAUAAUCGUAUGAAACAAGAAAAUAGAUCAGAUAAAUUACUAGAUAAUUUAAAUGAAGCAUUACGUGUACAGAUGGUGUUAGUCUGUUUAUGGAAGGCAUUUGUAGCUCAAGAAAAUGGUCAAAUGAAGAUAUUGGUUGGUCAACAUCAUGUACAUGUAGAAACAGUCAACUCUAUUGUGACUUCUUAUCCUUUAGUUGUGG